AUGUUCGUCCUCGCCGAUAUCGAAGACACCAUCAGUGUUCAUCCUUCCGCCUUCGGUCAACCCUCUCUAACCAGCAUUUCGGACCAAAUCAACAUCAAAUAUGCCAACAAGAUCCUCGUAGAUGUCGGACUCUGCAUCUCCCUGUUCGACAUCCUCAGCUGUUCCGAAGGCAAAGUCCGAUUCGGCGAUGGCUGUCUCUACCACCACGUUACAUUUCGUCUCAUUGUCUUCCGACCGUUCACACAAGAAGUGCUCACCGGCAAGAUCAAGUCCUCCGACGAAGCGGGUAUCCACAUCACUGUGGGUUUCUUUGACGACAUUUACGUCCCAUCACAUCUGAUCCCAAAGCCAUGUGCUUUCGACCAUCAAGAACGAGCUUGGUUCUGGCUGUAUGAGGCACGGACGGAACAAAUUGCUGCGGAUCCACUGCUGAGCCAACAGGAUGAAAGAAUGUACUUGGAUACAGGAGAGGUGGUCAGAUUCACAGUCGAAUCGGAUGCUUUCCACGACGCAGAACCAGGCCCACCAGGUGCAGGAGAGAGCCAGAACUCACAUCAUAAUCAACACAUAGCAAAGGAGAUAAAGCCUCACUACAGCAUCACGGCAAGCAUUGCUGGUAGCGGCCUUGGAUUGGUCUCGUGGUGGGCUGGUGCAGAAGCAGCUGCAGGUGAGGGUGAGGAUGAACAGUAUGCAGCGGAAGGAUAG